UUUGGCAUCCUCACAAGCUGCACCGGAAAUCGCCUGUUUAUAGAACUUGGGUCCUGUCAAUUGUUGUUGGUGGAGACUCUUGGCUGUGUCGCUUAUUUUGUCCGCCUUGUAAUUGCCAGGCACCCUGUCACUCAAGAGCCUCUUUUUUAAACAUAUAUAACUGCUGAGGCUCCCGCACUCUUCCUCAGUUGGUCUGUGUCCAUUCUUCUCAAGCUUUACCUUCCUUCGGAGUUCUUGUGAAGCGCCCACCUCAACGUUCGAUUCCCUCUUCCACGUCGCUCGCAAUGGCGCCCGUCACAACCAAGCGAUUGAUCGCCUGCUGCGAUGGGACGUGGAUGGACAGCGACAAUGGAUACGAAGAGCCCGGCUUGCUGCGAUCCGAAGGCACACUUCAAGUUCCUUCCAACGUCACUCGUAUUUCCCGCUGCUUCAAGCGGAGGUGUAGUGACGGCAAGCUUCAAAUCAUCUCUUACGAGUCUGGUGUCGGGACUGGUAGCAACACUCUCGACAGCAUCACCGGAGGUGCAUUUGGUCUGGGCCUUUCCGAGCGAAUGCGAGAGACUUACUCUUACCUGUGUGCCAACUACAUGGAUGGCGAUGAGAUCAUCCUGGUUGGCUACUCUCGCGGUGCCUUCACUGUUCGUUCAGUGGCCGGCAUGGUGGGAGCUCUGGGUCUCUUAACACGAGAGGGUGUUGAGCACUUCUACCCAAUCUUCAAGGAUAUGCAGCACUGGAUGGACGACCACUACAAGGAUCCAUUCCCCAAUGUGCCGUUCCCCAACAAGCCCAAGGGCCCAAAUGCUGCAAAGGAGUACCGGGCUCGCCUUGAGAGUUUGGGUUACACUCGUGUCAAGCAAGAUGGUGGGGACGGUGAGCUGAUCAAGAUCAAGGCCGUCUGUGUUUGGGACACAGUGGGCAGUCUGGGUGUCCCCCGUGUUGCCUGGCUGGACAAGUUGGGAAUCCGCGCUGACAAUGAAGAAUAUAAGUGGUACGACACGAGCUUGUCGGAUCGGAUCGAGCAUGCUUUCCAUGCCCUUGCCUUGGAUGAGACUCGUCCACCCUUCAGCCCAGCCGUCUGGGAGAGGCUUCCCGGCAACAAGCUGACGACGGAUCUGAGACAAGUCUGGUUCCCCGGAAACCAUGCAAACUGUGGUGGUGGCUGGGAGGACCAGGGAAUAGCCAACUGCACUCUCGCUUGGAUGAUGGAUCAGAUGGCAUCUGUGGGCAUAGAGUUUGAUGCGCCGUCCUUGGAGAGAGUCUUCCAGCAGAAUAAGGCGUACUAUGAGACCACCUCUGUAGCCUUGAAUGGGAAGAAGAAGAAGGGGUUGGACUGGGCUGUGAGCCCCAUUUACGAGGGCAACUUGCCAAUUCGGCCCUGGGGUCUUGGUGCGAUCAACAAAGCCAGCAGCCUCUUGUACAAGCUCUCUGGCCAGACAAUCAGAAGCCCGGGACUAUACAAGCCCACCGAUCCGAAGACGAAGAUUGAUGCCGACCGGUUCCUCAUGGAUACCAACGAGCGGAUUCACAGCUCAGUGCGGAUUCGUAUCGCCUGUAAGGGGCUCGGGCUCAACGACAAGGCCGUUUGGGACUGCCCCGCCUUGUUGAAGAGCUGGAAGGUGAAGCGUACUCAGGAGGACUAUGAAGAUCCUGUACCAUUCCACCCUGACUGGGAUCCUGAGAUGGAGAAAGACGCCUUUGGUCACCCCAGUGACUGGAAAAAGGGUCGAUGGAUCUGGGAGUACUGUGGCGAAGAAAAGAAUGCGCCCACCGACAAGAAGCAGCGGAUUAUGGUUGAAGAACCACUUGGUCCGUACGAGAGGUAUCUGCUGAAGUUGUCGGCCGGCGCGCCGAAUGUCUAUCAUUUUGCGGAUACUGUGGAGUAGGACAUCCACUGACGGGGUUUGAGGAUCUGGGAUAUAUCAGAACCAAGCGGGUUAUGUUCGAGGCGUUGAUUUGAAAGAAACUAGGGACGGUGAAAUUGGCCAAGAAGAAACACAAAGAUCGAGUGGUGUUCUGAAUGAAGAGUCUAGAAGGAGGAUAGGAUAUGGUAUGGUAAGAAUGAUUACACUGCUGCCUGUAGACUUUGUGUCGAUAAUUAAAGCAUAAAUAACCUCGAGGCCAUGGAUUACUGAAGAUUCAUGGAGGAGGUUGUUUUUAACCUUCACCUAAACCUGACUCGACGUCCGAGAAGACUUAGAU